AUGUCCGCCUCAACCGCACCGUCGCAGUACAAGGUGUUCAAGCUCAAGUUCAGACUCUCCAUGCAGGACCCGGACAUGCCCCAGCCGCGCUAUCACCAUCUUAUUUUUGUCGAGUCGAAUCCCCAAAAUGGCUCCGGCAUCAAGUUCCACGUUACUGGGGACAUUACCUCAGCCAACGGCAUGGUGUACCAGUCCGUUGCUUACCACGACCCCAAGAACUCUGCAACUCUCCACUCCUCGGAGCUGCUCGGCUACACCGACGCCGCGAACUUCAAAGCAAAGUUCGACAAUGUUUUCAGGGCCUGCCCACCCCCGCCGCAGCAGAAGUCUUUCAACGUCAAGACCAUGAAGAUGGAGCCAUUCAAAAUCAAAACUCCGCUGACCUUUUACGGUCCCGGGGAGACCCGGAAGCCGCUGAGGAAGUGCACCGAGUGA